AGUCUUUUUUAACUGAACUGUUAAAGAAAACAAAGCAGAAGAAGAAGAAGAAGAUCAACAACAAUGUAUUUGACCAAAUAAAAUAACAAAAUAGACAAGACACAGAAAAGGACAAAGAUGAUUAGUAAUAAAAAGAAAGACACUUGACGACAAAAAAGCAUAUCAAAAGAUAGUUACUUUGGCUUAGCCACUACUUUGCUUAAACAAUUACUCACUUCUCUCUCUCUCUCUGCAAUGUCGCAGCCUCGCGUCUCUUUCCGACAUCCACCGCCGCUCUGUUCUUUCCUCUUCGCCAUAGUCCUCUUAGUCGCCACUUUCUACACCCUCCACCACCCAGACGCCACUCCUCCUCAUCUCUUCUCCCCAAACAAACACAACUCCCUCACUCUCCGCCGCCUCUUCCUCUCCUCCGCCUCCAACGCCACCGUCUCCUCCUACCUCCACUCCUUAACCCGUCACCCUCACCUCGCCGGAACAAAACCCUCUCUAGACACGCUCAACUACGUCCUAAACCACUUCCAAAGCCUCCGACUCGAUGACACCCGCGUCGCCGAGUACGAAGCUCUCCUCUCUUACCCUACGCACUUCUCCCUCACCGCGCGUUUUAGCAACGACAACACGACUCUGGAGUUCGACUUAAACGACGACGUUUCCUCUUCCUCCGACGUCGUUAUGCCGUACCACGCUUACUCCCCGUCUGGCUCCGCGUCUGGGAACGUCGUCUUCGUGAACCACGGCGAGGAGAGAGACUACCGAGCCCUCGAGAUGGUCGGAGUGAGCGUGAGAGGCUGUUUGGUUUUAGUUCGAAAGGGAGAGACUCUUGGAAGAGGAGUGAUCGUGAAGACGGCAGAGACUAAAGGUGCUCUCGGCGUCUUGAUAUACGACGAGAAAGACGGUGGUGGGCUCGGGGGCAUCGAGAGAGGCACGGUGAUGAGAGGAAUCGGUGACCCGGUUACUCCGGGUUGGCCCGGUGUCGUCGGAGGAGAGAAGCUAAGUUUGGAGGAUGAUCUUGUCUCUAAAAGAUUCCCAAAGAUUCCAUCUUUGCCUCUGUCUCUCCACAAUGCAGAGAUCAUAUUGGCUUCUCUGGCCAGAGCAAAAGCUCCGGUGGAGUGGCAAACGGGUCGGGUUGGGUCAAGUCAACGGGUUGGCCCGGGACGGGUUGUUGUCAACAUGAGCUUACAGGUGGAGAUGAAGAUGAAGAAGAUUCACAAUGUUGUGGCUACAAUAAGAGGUAGUGAGGAGCCAGACCGGUACGUGAUUCUUGGGAACCACAGAGACGCGUGGACUUAUGGAGCUGUUGAUCCAAACAGUGGAACUUCUGCUUUGCUUGACAUUGGUCGACGAUUCUCUCUGUUGCUUGAAUCUGGCUGGAGACCACGUAGGAGCAUUCUCCUUUGUAGUUGGGACGCUGAAGAGUUCGGAAUGGUUGGGUCAACUGAAUGGGUUGAGGAACAUGUUCUUAACUUAGGUGCAAGUGCUGUGGCUUAUCUUAAUGUAGAUUGUGCUGUCCAAGGCUCUGGAUUUUUUGCUGGUGCAACUCCUCAACUAGACAAUGUUCUUGUAGAUGCAUUAAAGCUGGUUCAAGAUCCUGAUGAUGUAACCUUGACAGUGGAAGAGACAUUCAAGUCUCAGAAUAACAUUAUAGAGAGGCUAAGUAGAGUAGAUUCCGAUUUUUCCGGUUUUCUUCAUCAUGCUGGGAUACCAUCUAUAGACAUGUACUAUGGAGCAGAUUAUCCUGUCUACCAUACUGCUUUUGACUCCUAUGAUUGGAUGAUCCGCAAUGCAGAUCCAUUGUUUCAUCGUCAUGUUGCCAUGGCUGGAAUUUGGGGGCUUUUGGGAAUCAUCUUGGCUGAUGAGCCAGUCUUACCGUUUGAUUACAUCUCUUAUGCACAACAGUUGCAGGCACAUAGAGAUACAUUGAGCAAGCUCUUAGAAGGGAAAGUCUCUGUUGAUCCCUUAAGCGUGGCGAUACAAGAGUUCUCUUUAGUUACUAGAGAAGUUGCAGAUGAAGCAAAGAAGCUAAAGAAAGGAGCAUACAGCAAAAAUGAUGUUGCAGGAGCUGCUAAGAGAAGAGAGCUAAAUGACAGAAUGAUGCUUGCAGAAAGAGGGUUCUUGGAUUCAGAAGGGAUCAGAGGGAAAGAAUGGUUCAAGCAUCUUGUGUAUGGGCCUGCAGCAGAGCCAGAGAGCAAGCUAGGUUUUUUCCCGGGAAUAGCAGAUGCAAUUGCAACAAACUCAUCAGAGGGAGUAAUCAAGCAUGAGAUAUGGAGAGUCACAAGAGCUAUUCAGAGAGCAAGCAAAGCUCUUAAAGGAGGGUUCACAUGAGCAGAAACUUCAAAGACUUCUCUCCUCUGUGUAUAUAUUGUGUGACUGUAGAUUUUAGAAGCACAAUUCUUGUUCAAAGUCUUCAAAGACUUAUCUUAAUGAUAGACAACAUCACUGAUCCAGACACUUGUUAAUGUAAAAACCCUUGCCACUUGACCACUAUGUAAUACCCAUUUGUUGCCAAAAAGCUACUUCACCUAUCACUGUAUAAAGUCUUAUCUUAAUAUAUAAAACAGACUUUUCUGGCUUCUCAAUGUGUCCACGUCGCUUUUGGAGGCUGGGGCAUUUUGCGACAUGUGUCGCGACAUCAUUGCUCUAUUCCUUUUUUCCUUUCACGCGCUUUGUUUUAGUUUCUGAAUCAGGCACUUCGUCUUCCUGACAUCGCUGCGAUCUCGUCCUCAAACCUCAAUCGGCGACGUAGAGCAGUAACGUCUAUCCUUUCAAUUAAUCACAUCUUUACUCCGACUUUUAUCGAUUGCUCCAAUCCGCCUAACGUCUCUCCUCAAGUGUCUCUAUCACCAUAGGGGAAAUUAGGACACUGUGCCGUCUAAUGUUGAAGCUUUUUUGAUUGUCGAUGGAUUUUACGAUUUCUUGUCCGUAACGGUUACAUACUGUACUCACUUUAAUCCAACCAUAAGGGAAAAGAGUGCUAGAGCUUGGAGCUGGCAUCAAUCGUUUCAAUUGUGAACUGGCUCAAAAGGCUGGUUAAGUCAUCUUCCUUGACUUCAUCGAAAGUGCCAUUAAGAAGAAUGAAAGUGACAUUUCCAGACCUGAAAACCGAAUAUGGAUCCGCUGACUUAUUUUCCCAAAUUAUGUGUCUCUCAGAUAAAGAGGUGGAGUUUUUGGCAGAAGGAAUGCUUGGAUGGGUGAAAGCCAGGAGCAUACAUUUUCUUCAGAGAAUCAUGUUUCUUUUAAUCAUAAGAAGGCAAGCGAAAAUCAAUACCCCACUCACUAUCAUGAACCAAGAUUCUAUACAAAGUUUUUCAACGAACGCAAACACGUGAUGCUUCUGGCAAAUCAUUUGAGCUCACUAUGGUUGGUUGAAAAUGCAUUAGGGCGUAUGUGAAAAACAAGGAGAAUCAAAAUCAGAUUUGCUGGAUUUGGCAAAAAGUAAGCGUGGAGAAUGACAAGGAUUUCCACAAAGAUAUCCUGAUAACUCUCCGUCAUUUACAGCAGUGACACUAUUCUCCACAUCCAAGUAAGCAGCAAUCACUCUUGAAGAUUCAUAUCGCUUUUAAGAGUAAUCAUCAUCUGUCUCUUUUUUCCAAGACAAGCCAGCUCUGUUUAUGACAUUCUUCAAGUGACUAUUGCAAGAGUGAUGAAACUCCGUUCCAGUAUUCGCAGAGUACAUCAAACAAAGAGGAUAUGAUAUCCAUGAUGUUCAAGCCUAUGGACAGUAAUGCUGAAAGAUGCAGGUUUUCAGGAUGUGAUCGAUGAGGACAUUAUUGAUCAGUUUGUCAAGUCCUCAGACGUGCGUUAGAGAAAGUGGAGAAAGAAAAGGAAGAAUUUAAUCAUCUGCGACUUCUCAGAAGUCAAAAAACAUGAUCAAUCAGAAAGAAUCAGUUCAAGAAAUUUCUCCUGUUGUUAAAAUCAAAGGCUAACCGUGAUGGAGAUGAUCAAGGUUAAAAACACUUCAGAACACCAUACGAAAACAGGCAACAGGUGUGAAACUGUUCCAGCUAACAACAACCUCAACGACGGCCACAGUCGUCUUCAUGAGAUGGAGUCUAAAAUAAAAAAAAAUUGUUCUUUUUUAAUCACCAUACUCCGAGUAUUCCAAUCUUUCAAUACAAGUCAUAUACUUUUGCAUUUCUCAUAACUUCGUAGCCAAACUUAUGUAUUCUUCAGUUUGAUUUAGUUCCUGGAUUGAAUCAGAGUUUCAAAAAAGUUCUUGCAUA